AGAGCACCGUCACCUCAAUGUUCAUCUUCGGCGCAGAUGAGCAGCCGCUUGCCGCCUCGAUCGUCGGAAAUGAUGCAUCCGCUACUACGUACAGCAUCAACUGUCCCCCCGGAACAGACAGUACUGAAUGCGGCAUGGGGCCCGGCAUGACUGUCGUCGCCGGUGAUAAGGUCACGACUUAUAUGAUGGAUUAUGCCGAUUCUUUCCAUCUCACAGCCGAAUGCACCGUCUCCAAAUCGCGCGCGGUGUGUAAUAGAAGCGUCGGCGGCCCGGACGCGAACUUCCCCGGCGUCGAGACUACCACUGCCAAGGUGCAGUACUUCCCUGUUACUGUGACGGCGGGGUCUGUUACCAGUGCUGGCCAUAUGACUACCCUUACCGGUACGGUUGGGGCUGAGGAGACUUCUACUUCGACUUCGUCUGCCUCUGCUUCUGAGGAGAGUAGCUCUGGUGCAGUGGCGUCGCAGACUGGGGAUGCUGAUGGGCCGACUGAGACUGGUGCUGCUAGUAGGGUUAUGGGUAUGGGUAUGAGUGCCUUUGGGGUUGUUGGUGUUGCGGUCGUUGGUGCUGUGCUCUAGAUCAGUGCUUAUGGAUUGGACGGGGUUUGUUGUAAUAUAUUAAAGGGCUAAUAUGUGUAAUCUGUAUAUUAAUAAUUGUAUUGUUUGAAUGGAUUAUAAUGAAGUUUGGAUGUUUUACGUUGAGUCGCGUUGAUUCCGGCUAGAUGUUAGUAUGGAAUAGAGGUAAGGUUUAACAACACGGGCGC